AUGUCGACUAAACUGCAGGUCUCGAAGGCGGUGACCAAGAAAAACACUGCCAAGGGUGGCCCCGUGCAAAGUCCAGGCAACGUGCAGAAUGGUACGAAGAAGAAGUGCACUAAGGCUGCACCCAAACCCCGGUCAUCUAGUGGUGACGGCCCUCCUGGUGGCGAGGUUCGCAAGUCCAGCCGCCCUCGAAAGGCGAAAGUGUGGUUUGCGGAAGGGGCGGAUGCUACCGAAGAAGGUGCUAAUCCUGUUAAGUCUGCCAGGAACAACCUUGAUGGCGACGAUGUGGACAACCAAAAACACGAGGACGAAGCAGAGGCCAACGGCAAGUCGGGUGCCAUGGGCGAAAACGAGGUGGACGAGGCAGUAGACGAGGCCGGCGGCGAGCCGAAAGAGGAAGAGGAAGACUUGGCGGAGGAUGAUGCUGAAGAGAAGGCAGAGGAAGAGGAGGGUGACGAGGCAGAGGAAGAGGAGGGUGACGAGGCGGAGGAAGAGGAGGGUGACAAGGCGGAGGAAGAGGAGGGUGAUGAGUCCGAAAACGAGUCGGAAGACGAGUCCGGAGGCGAGCCGUCCGACGAAGAGGACGAGGAGUCUGAGGAAGGGCAGGGGGAUGAGGACGAGGCUGAGAAGGGAAGUGAGAAAGGCGAUGCGGCGGAAGUGGUGGAAGGCGCGGAUGCGCACAAGCCUCAGAUCACGAGGAAGGAUAGCUUUGACGAGAUGUUGGAAGAGCAGGGUGAUUGUAAUGAAGAAGCCAUGGAGGAAGAGGCUGUGGCUGAGGAACGUGCUUUGCUGCUUGGGAAGCUGAAGGCACUCGAUGAGAUCAAGGAACCCGUUGUCAACUCGAAGCUCGCUAGAAAGGGUGUGAAACCUCUUCCGCGUUCAGAACCCUCUAAGAUUCCUGCUAAGCCACCGCGAGGGAAAGAUGCAGUCACAGCGGCUAAGGGAAAGGAGAAAGUGCUGGCGAAAGAGAGUAUGCUCGUUUCGGCCAAACCGAAGUCAACUCCUACGGCAGCAGGCGCUGAGGCAAGCGGGGUAAAGGCCAAGGCAGGCGCUGGGGCAAGCGGGGUAAAGGCCAAGGCAGGCGGUGGGGCUAAACCGACCACUAAGCAGGCCAACACAAAGACCAAAGACGCCUUCCUCCCAUCCCUGCCGUCACCUUCAUCCCAUCCCAUCCCUGCCGUCACCUUCAUCCCAUCCCUGCCGUCACCUCCGACCCGUCCCUCAGUCACCUUUCCUCCAUCUCUUCCGUCCCCUAUACAAUCAGCAGCUCCCAAGGACUCUAGAGCUGCACCACUGGUGAAGGUGAUCACUGAAGCAACCAAGCGCUAUGAGCUCGUCCCCGUCAAGAAAACCCCGUUUGUGGCGGCAUCCUGCGAUCGCCGCCAGGAGCAUGGUGGCCUAGGGAGGCAUAGGGAGGUGAGGCUUUACCUAAACCCCAACUCCCCUCUGCUUGCCUGCCCACUCUCCUCUCAACCCGAAACCCCACUUGCUUCCCCGUCCAGGUCUAGGGAGGAACUGUCUAGGCGUGUAGCAACACAUCUUUGCUUCAACAUUGAAGCUUCAAUGAUUCAGUUCUACCCAUCUGCGGAGGAGGCCUUAGAUCAUGGGUUUAGCGAGUUUGUGUCGCCACAGGUUCUGGCCUCGUUGCGUGUGCUCUUUCAGCACAACGAUGCCAGCACCAGAGGGGUCUUUUUCGAGCAGUUGUCUUCAACUAGGACUUCUAUCAACGGCUGGAUGAGAAAGGUGGCGCUCACGGCGUUGGGUCGGCAGGCGAACAGGUGCUACUUGGGGAGGUUACCAGCAGAUCUACUUGCACCACUUGAGUUCUACACGGAUGAGGAGCUCAUUGCGCGUUACAAGGAUGCAUUGCUGAAUUCCUCCCAUCUCAUCCGUCCCCUUCCUCCCAUCUCAUCCGUCCUCUUCCUCCCAUCUCAUCCGUCCCCUUCCUCCCAUCUCAUCCGUCCCCUUCCUCCCAUCUCAUCCGUCCCCUUCCUCCCAUCUCAUCCGUCGCCUUCCUCCCAUCUCUUUCGUCCCCUUCGUCCCAUCUCUUCCGUCCCCUUCCUCCCGUCUCUUCCGUCCCCUUCCGUCCGUCUCCUAUGCCUCUUUGCGCAAGCUGCACGACCUGCACCAGCCCGGGUGUGGAGCAGCAGGGGGGCAGGUGUGGAGCAGCAGGGGCAGCAGGGGGACAUGUGCGGAGCAGCAGGGGCAGCAAGGGGCUUCUCAGGUGCGGAGCAGCAUGGGCAGCAGGGGGACAGGUGCAGAGCAGCAGGGGCAGCAGGGAGACAGGUGCGGAGCAGCAGGGGCAGCAGGGGGACAGGUGCGGAGCAGCAGGGGCAGCAGGGGGACAGGUGCGGAGCAGCAGGGGCAGCAGGGGGACAGGUGCGGAGCAGCAGGGGCGGCAGGGGGACAGGUGCGGAGCAGCAGGGGCAGCAGGGGGACAGGUGCGGAGCAGCAUAG